CCAUCCCAAAGCAGCGCGCCGUAACCCCGACGUGCUGGCUGCACUUGGGUAUGUGAUCCUGGUAACUCGCGCGCCAUUCACGUCACAUCCCGACCGCCAAAAGAACCAACAACUAUGCACGACCUUAAACCCCUCCAGCUUCCCAAGCUUGUUGCAGCCCGCAAGUCUUCCAAAAGCUCACUCAACAUGUACGACGACCCGACUGCAUCGAUUUAUUCCAAUGCCGACUCGGGUUUCUACUCGGCUUCGGAAUGCUCGACACCGCCAACGCCAAGUCAAUACACGCGAGGUCACUUUCGCUUUCCCAGCUCGGCUUCGUCACUGUCAUCGAGCCCGCCCACCUACGAGCCCACCGAGCCUCCCAACAGCUCAGGCAAGCUACCCAAGCUUACCGAAGAGCCUCUUGAGCGUGAGUACGACUACGGUAGCGAAGAUCCGUACCGUUGCUCUUGCGACGCCGGCGGUACCUAUGGCCACGCGCAAGACUGCAGGAUAUCCAGAGCCUACGAGCCCCAAGACGAGUACUUCACUACCUGCGACUCGGAACUGCGACUGGCCAAGCGACGAAGGUCCUUGGAAGCAUCCGCGCACAGCAUCGCCGGCAAGCUCGAGAGGCGUUUUCCCUCGCUGUCGCGCAAAGUGCGCGAUCGCAGCUCGACUCUCAGCAAAGUUUCACGCAGCGCUACCCCCUCAAGAGUACCUUCUACUCGAUCCUCAUCGCUCGCUGGCUCAAUUUACCAUGUCUCGACCGUCGAUCUCCCAGAGGACUACGUGUCGCCAACCUCUACACCAGCCCUCACAAGCAGGGAGCAUUUGAGUGAUGAUGCGCCUACGCCAAUGGCCAUCGACGUCAACAAGGCCAAUGCCAUGGAAAUCGACCCCGAGGAGGUGGAGCGGGAGCGCUAUGCCACGACGCCAUUAUUACCCCCAUUGCUUGUGAACUGCCGGAACAACGACCUACCAGCAUCUUCGCCCCUGCAGUCGCCAGCAGUUGCAGAUGCGACUCAAUCCAUGGGCCCGACUCCAGCCGGCACCCCACCAAUGCGCACUUACCCUACUCCUCCCCUCUCUUCCAAAACAUCCUUUGCGUCGAUCAGAGCACCAAAUGCCGGAUACAUGGUCCCCUCAUCCGACAUUCCCCCUCUAAUGCUCGCCAACCCACAGGACAAGUGGGCCAUGGAGUUAGGCCAUGCGAACUUCACCAUCCUGCCAGAGCCUUAUGUCCCUGAGGUCUGCACCGCAGCGUCUAUUGAAGAACACCUUGCCGAAUGGGCGCAAGCGCGGCGCAACUACGCAAAACAUCAAGUGCGAACUGCGGAACACUACGGAGUGACAUCCAGACACUAUCUUCUUACCGAGCAAAAGUGGGCUGAAAUCGAUGCCGAAUGGAAGAAGAACCACGAUCUGGCCAAGUCACAUGCGGCUGCUAUCGGUCAAGAGCUCGCCCCGAGCUCACCCACGGAGCCAGGACCCCUUAGCAAGAUGCCAACGCUACAUGACCCUAAGAGCGAGGGCAAGUUCCCCAAACUCGGCGAUGAGGACAUUGUCGGCCCCAUGCAACAGGCGGCCGCACUACUACCGAAAACACCUUCGCGCAAGCGUGCCUUUUUCAAGUUCCUAAGCGACCUACGGUUCCCUGGUACCUUCCUCCGUCGCUCCUCGGGUGGUGUCCGGGGCCACUAGACCCCAUUCUGCGAUAACGGAGAAUCCUUUUCCUUUUCAUCUUGUCGAUAAUUGCGUGCGAUUAAUAUUUCUAUCCUGCGCACAAACCUUGUACUCUUACUCCCCCUUGUGUUUUUUAGACCCAAGGGGCAUGUUCUACGAAAGUGUACGACUGUAUGACAUAAGAUCUCGGUCCAUCAUUGGAGCCACGACCAUACGGCUCUUAUCACAGAGUCACGAAUUUCCUUUGUCGAUACAACCAUUAUUAGAGAGGCUUUUCUUGUCUUGCGCAAUACAGUGGUCUGUCUGCACUGCGCUUCCCUUCAAUGGGAUUACUGUUUGGUGUUUGGGCGGUCAAAAAAGGAUGCAGGGGUUCUGCAUCUGGCGAUAAAAGCGAGCAUCAUC